AUGUAUGAAGACGUGCAAUUUCCGUCAUUAAUAGACCUAUCGUUCGAUUACGCCGGGAAGCGUACGCAUUUUACGAUUAACGAAUUUCAAAACGUUGAUUUCAUACUGGUUUCGGACAUUGGAAAAAUUGGUCAGGUCGUUCAGGUAAUAUUACCACAUCCAGUUAUUGCGUCAGCGCUUCAUCCAACUCAUAACGUCGACUACGAAACAAAAGUGUUACUUGGUAAUCAGUUGGAGGAUUUUGAUCUGUUAUUGAAUCGUUUGAUUGGCGUAUUAGCUGCGAACGGUCGUCGACGUAGUUUGAUAUUUGGAUUUGGUUUAUAUGAGUUUAAUAUCGAUCAUGGACGUGCAAUUGUUGAACGUCUUGAAACGCAUCUACGUCAAGAAUCAUCGAAUAUUUAUGUGAUGCACACUAUCCAUAAGAUCACAUUUUCUGAAUCAUAUCACCGUCAACAUUUAACAUCACAUUUUCAACGACGUUUUCUCAAUGCCUCUAAAAAGCAGAACAUCUUUCUACCCAAAACCGAAUUCCGUGUUCAUAUUAAACCAAGUGAACGUGCUGCUUUGGAUUCUGAAUUGGCUGCUUAUGCGCACUUCAACGAUUUCUAUGAUUGGCAGUUGCACGCACCCGAUCGUCAGUCUCUUCCAUUGUUGGUUUAUUUAUUUUUUUGUUGCUAUUACGAUUGUUUGGUGUAUUUUCAUUGUUAUCUUUAUCCAUUCGAAUUGCUUGAUGGACCACCGUAUGCCAAUGGUUCAGCGCAUGUAGGACAUGCAAUCAAUAAAAUAUUGAAGGAUUUUGUGGUUAGAAGCCGUAUUGCUCUAGGAUUUCGCGUUUCAUUUCGACCCGGAUGGGACUGUCAUGGUUUACCGAUUGAACUCAAAAUUGCCAAGAAUGCCAAUGUUGAAAUGUCAGCGUUGGAAAUUCGUAAAUCGGCCCGUAACUUAGCUGAGCAAUCGAUUGUGAAGCAAAUGAGCUCAUUUAAGCGAUGGGGUGUUAUAGCAGAUUGGCGAAAUCCAUAUCGAACAAUGGAUGCUCAGUAUGUAACUGAGCAGUUGAGAAAUUUCGCUGAAUUACUCGACCGUAAAUUGAUAUAUCGUGAUUUCAAACCUGUUUAUUGGUCGCCAAGUUCGUUCUCGGCACUUGCUGAAUCAGAACUUGAAUAUAAUGAGAAGCAUGUGAGCACAGCCGUUUUUUAUCGAUUUCCAAUUAUUAAUGGUGCACGAAUUCGAAACGAAUGUCAUGGGAUCAAUAAACCGAGUAAAUUAUUCGCUCUUAUUUGGACAACAACACCAUGGACUUUACCGCUGAAUGACGCAAUCGCAUUCAAACAAGAUGCCAGUUAUGCAGCUAUUACAGUAACAAAACUGGACAGUGAACCAGUGCGAAAUAUUUAUUUAAUCGCACAAGAUUCAAUCGAAAAUUUUGAGCAGUUGACUGGUCUGAAAACAAGAAGAGUAGCCAAUAUAAAUGGUAAUCAGCUGAAUGGAUUAAUGUAUCGUAGCUGUAUGUACAGUGAUAUAGCACAGCCUUUAUUAGCUGCGCCUUAUGUGACCGCAAAUGUUGGUACGGGUCUUGUGCAUACUUCUUAUGCACAUGGAUUUGAUGAUUAUAAGUUGGCCAAACAAAGAGGCGACAAAAUUGUUUGUUAUGUGGAUGAAAAGGGUAAUUAUUCGAGACAGCUCGGAUAUGCACUUGAAGGUAAAUGUGUAUUAGAUGAAGGACAGAAUGCAGCUCUUGAUUUGUUGAAAAAAGAUGUCCCAGUGAUUAUUCGAAGCAGUCAACAGUGGUUUAUGGACGUUUCAAAAAUUGGUAUGGAUGCGAUCAAAUUACUUCAAAAUGGCAAUAUAUUGAUUGGAAGCUCUCUGUCAGAUAAACGCGAAUCACUAACUAGCCAACUGAGAAAUCGUCCCGCAUGGUGUAUUUCCCGUCAACGAGCAUGGGGUGUCCCUAUACCAGCAUUUAUGAAGAACGAAACCGAUGUCAUCAUCAAUCGAGAAAUUGUUAAUCAUAUUGCGGAUAGAAUUCAAAUUGAUGGACCGGAUGUGUGGUGGAAAGAAACGGCAAGAAACCUUUUAUCCACAAGGUUAAGGAGUAAGUAUGGUAUUGAUGAGUCAACGCAUUUAACGAAAAUGGAGGAUGUAAUGGAUGUUUGGUUGGACAGUGGAAUGGCAUGGAGAUGUAGUAAGAAUAAGAGUUCAAAUAAUGGUAGAGUCGCGGAUCUUGUCGUUGAAGGAGUUGAUCAGUUUCGUGGAUGGUUUCAAUCGCUUUUACUAACUUCUUUAGCGUUACAGGAUACGGCUCCAUAUAAACGGGUGUUGGUUCACGGAUUUGCAGUUGAUGAAAAUAAGAAGAAAAUGUCAAAAUCGAUCGGAAACGUCGUCGAUCCAGACUUGAUUACAGACGGUUCGUUGAAGUCGAAUAUGGCAUUAGGUGCUGACGGUCUUCGGUUGUGGGUAGCACUGUAUGGAAGUGAAGGGAAUGAUGCACGUUUGGGUGAAAGUGUCUUGUUGGAUUUGCAGAAACGAUUGCAACAAAUACGUAAUUCAUUUCGUUUUCUUCUUGGUUCAAUCCAUAAUUUUGAUUCAGCUCCAUCAGCUCAUCAGUCACUAAUAUCGACAGUUAAAAAUGCUUCGAAUUUAGAUCAGAGUACAAUUAAAGAUCGUCUCUAUUGUGGCACGACAAUGGAGCGAAAGUCUGCACAAUGCACCCUGUAUAAUGUAGGCUUAAAACUGAUGGCCAUUAUUUGGCCAAUUUUGCCGCAUUUAGCUGCUGAAUUCAUCCAGAAACAUCCAUGUAUCACCGAUGCAGAUCAACUGACCAAGAACAUUCGUUCAAUUCUCUUGGAUUCAUACGAAAUGAAUUCAGUGAAACAUGAUAUAGUGAAAUGGGCGUUCGAACUGCGAUCCCGACUGUUCGAUUUAUGCAGCGAUAGGACGUUGGAAAAAACGGGUGUUCGAAUCGAGUGUGGUGUGGAAGCAGCAACUCGACUGAAACUUCUUCAGAAGGGCGAAGUGUCGUUUCAUUCGGAAUUGGUCGAAAUAUUAGGUGUAUCAAUGGUUGAAAUUGUUAUUAUUGAUGAUGCAGAACAAAAAAACGAUGCUAAUAUGAAAGUGAUUGAACCGAAAGCAUCGUAUUGUAGCAGAUGCAGGAAGAUGAAUCGGCCAGAUACAGCCAAAUAUUGCGUUCGUUGUGAAAAAGUUUUGAGAGAAUUGAAUGCAUCUUGA